AUGAGAGGUAAGUGGGUUCUGACUAGCACAGUUGUUACCGGAACGUUCGACAACUGGGGCAAGACGAUCAAGCUAGACAAGAGCGGCACAGCGCAUGAGAAGACGGUGCCAUUGAAGUCGCACGAGAAGAUUCUGUACAAGUUCGUCGCCGACGGAGUGUGGAACUACGACCACACAGCCAAGUCAGAAGCCGAUCACGAGGGUAAUCUUAAUAACGUGCUCUACUCGGAGGACCUACAGAAGUCGCACUCCUCCAAUACUACUGCUGCUGCUGCCAUCUCUUCUGUAGCACCCGGCGCAUCCACCGCCGCUAUGGCAGGACAACAACCACUCGAACAUACUAGUUCGAGGGACCUUCCUGGCGCUUUCCCUGAAACACCAGCAUUCGAGAAGGCGGAACCGCAACACGAGGCGAGCUUCCUGCCAAAUGUCUCAUCUUCCGCCGAGAAGUCCAUGUCCGUCAAUCCUCUCCCAGCAACAGGCGGCAUGGGCAACCCAAUAUCUUUACAACCAGGCGAGAAGAUCCCUGAGCAAACAUCGUUAACCGGCAACACUCUUACCAGCAACGUUAAGCUUGACAAAGAAUCGUACGAGAGAUCUGAUACUGGUGCGCCUGUUCUUCCUGCCGCCCUCAGCCCAACGAGCGAAAAGGAAGCUUUUGGUGAGAAGUCGAUCUUCGGUCUCGGUCCUCAAACCAGCAACAUGAUCCCAGAAUCCAGCAUGGGUAUGGGCAAGGAUGCACCUGCCGCCAUUGACCCAACACCGAUGUCCUCGAGCGUCGGACCUCAGAGCACAACCAACCAGCUUGCCGGCGCACAGCCUCUCGAGCCACGUGGUGAAGCGCCAGCAGUCGUAGCUGAGUCCCAGGACAGGGCCAACGUUGAUCCCGAGGCCAGCUCAAACCCUGCUGCAGUUCAAGAGAAGGACCAAGUCGAGAACGAGCUAUUAAGCAAAGUACCAGAGGCACCAGCUACGGCUUCGAAUGGCAUGUUCGGAUCAUCAGAGCGAGGUGUGCUUGGAGCGGCUGCUGCGGGUGUCACUGCCGCUGGUGGUGCCGCUGUCGCCGGAGCUGCCUACCUGAACAACCAGAAGAACAAGGCAGUGGAGAACAACUCCGUUGGCGGAGGUCUGACUGGCUCGGCACCACUCGCUCACAGCACUUCCUCCACCACUCCCGCCGUUGUCUCCGAGUCCCAGCACGAGGCGCACGCUUCCCCAGAGGCCAGCGCCAAUCCCGAGGCUGUACAAGAGAAGAGCGCGGUUGAGAAUGAGUUGCUCUCUCGAGUCCCUACAGAGCCGGCCACAUCAUCUAGUGGUGCCUUAGGGUCUUCCGAACGCGGCAUUGCUGGUAUGGCUGCUGGUGGUGUUGCUGCCGCGACGGGCGCUGCGGCUGCUGGUGCUGCGUAUGUUACUGGCAAGGAGAACCACAAUCCUAAUACUUCGACUAUCGGCUCGACCACAGGCGCACAGUCACUUGCUUCCGAAUCGACUUCCACACCUCUCGCCGUUACCGAAUCUCAGCAGAAGGCCCAUGUUGGCCCAGAGGCUAGCGCCAACCCCGAGGCUGUGCAGGAGAAGAGCGCGGUGGAGAAUGAGCUUUUGACCAAGGUACCAACUGCUUCGGCUACGUCGUCCAGCGGCGCAUUUGGAUCUUCGGAGCGCGGUGUUGCUGGUAUGGCUGCAGGCGGUUUGGCUGCUGCUGGUGGUGUGGCUGCCGCCGGUGCUGCGUAUGUUACUGGUCAAGACAAGAACCCAGACACUUCGGCUGUUGGCUCGACUUCCGCUCCUCUCACCGUCACCGAGUCUCAGCAGAAGGCCCACUUUAGCCCCGAAGCUAGUGCGAACCCUGCCGCUGUUCAAGAAAAGGAUCAAGUAGAGAACGAGCUCCUUUCGAAGGUCCCUACAGCCCCAGCCACAUCCUCAAACGGCGCAUUCGGAUCAUCUGAAAAGGGUGUUGUUGGCAUGGCCGCUGGAGGAGGGGCUGCCGCGGGCGCUGCGACAGCAGGUGUCGCUUAUCUCGCCAACGAUAAGCUGAAGGAUGCUACGGGCCGUGAUGCCGUUGGUGCUCUGCCGCAGAGCGUUCAGCAAAGCAUUGCCAGCAUGAACAACAAGGGCUCCUCCACUUCCGCGCAACAGCCUCAGAUUGUCAAGGACAGCCUGUCGAGCAUGGACAACAAGGGCUCGACUGGUGCUUCGGCACUUCCUGUUUCCGAGUCUACGAUCCCGCAACAGACGCAUGUUGGUGAGGGUGUUACCAUCCCAGCUGGAGGUGAAGCACGUGGUGUUGCUAGCUCUGUGCCUGAAGAGGUUGCGGCUAGUCAGAAAGAGGCGCAUGUCGGUCCUGAGGCCGCGGCGAACACGGAGGCUGUUAGGGAGAAGAGCGCGAUGGAGAAUGAGCUCUUGAAGAAGGUUCCUGAGCACAACGAGACUGGUGCCCCCGCACCAAGCUCUUCCGCUGCUUUGAGCUCUACUGCUCCUGCUGCUGCUUCCACCUUCACCUCCGCGGUCCCGGCACCCUCCUCGACUGGCGCACCUCAGCUCGGUGACCCGACCUCGGGCGUCGCUGCUCUGAGCCUCGACUCGACCAGCAAGUCUGCCACCGGCCUAAACGCUCCAGCCUCUGAACCCGCCAUGCCACCCACCCAGAAAGCCGCCCAGACCCUCGCCACACCACCCGCCGCCCCAGUCUCCGCAGACCGCAGCCGCGACGUCUCGCCCAUGAGCAAACCAGUCGGCGGCAGCGCCAGCCGAGCCACAGCACCCCAAGUCACAGACGGCGUGGCUGCCACAAGCACGGUCCCCGCCACUUCUACCGCCGGCAAGCCGGUUGGUACUCCCCGUCCCGCAGCUUCGGGAAGCUCGGCAACGCCGGAGAAGAAGCGACAUUCUUUCAUGGGGAAGAGCAAAGGGACGCCUGAUAGUACCAAGUCGACUGGUGCCGCGAGCGAGGCGUCCGAGGGUGGUGGAAAGAAGAAGGGGUUCUUGAAGAGGUUGGCUGAUAAGCUGAAGUAG